AUGGAAAUAAAAGUUGCGUGCGUCAUUUUUCAACUGCUAGUCUUCACUUACUUCGUUCAAAACAGCGGUAAGUAAACUGGAAGAAGCGUGAGAUGUGUUCUUUAGUUUUGAUAUCUAAGGCCAUUUGACUUUCCCUGGUGGAAUUGUUUUAAGACCAACUGUAAUCCUCCAUUCUAAGUUUAAGUAUAAUCAGUCAUUUUCAUAAAACAAUCCUAGCCUUAAGUACCAAAUAGGAUUUUUUUUAAACUGUUUAUUGCACUAUAAUUCCGGCAAGAAGUCGGCAGCUGAUGUAUUGUUUAGCAAAUGAUACUUUAAAAAGUUUAACUCUGCCGUGCCUCUGUUUGCAUGCUGCCGUGCCUCUGUGAAAGGAAAUGAAAUUAAGGCUUGUAGUCGCUUUCUUAAGCGCCCGAUUCGGUUCCCUCCCUUUUUAACGUCUACCGCGCAGCCUUUAACUCAGUAACAACUGGCGUCAAAGUGUGAGAGCAUUCUCUCUUAUUGGAUGCACUUACCACCUUCUAUCGUCACACUCGGACAAGUGGAAUCUAUAAGAGUGCUCUUUAUAUGCAUGACAGUCACGCACCGGUCAAAGGACAAUUGAACUCACCAGGGAGGAAUGGAAUGACUCAGCUCCAUCGAAGAAAAUUUUCAUCGGAACGCAUUCCCUUCGUAACCAAACUACAUUUUGCUCCUGUCGCUUUUAUUUACUAUAGGCAGUAAGGGUGAAAAAUAGAACGGUUAUAACAAAUCACCCCAAGUAGGUAAUCCCGGCACGAGUCUUGGAUUCUGGAUUCCACUCUGUGGAUCCCAAUUUUAAACAGAUCAUGGAAAAAAUUUCUGAUAAGCUGCGUGGCACUUUAGAAUGUAAGUAAGGGAAUGUUCAACAAAAAGUAAUGAAGAAAAGUGCCGUCUUGUGGUUUGAUUUCCUCUCCACACCUCUCAGUUUCGGGCAUAUCCCUUCGUCAGUGGCGUUACAAGUACGUUGGAAACGUUACAAGUUUUGUAUCCAUGAAAGAAAAAGUAAACACCCAAAAAAACUUUGUAGCGCAUGCGCGGCCUAGAGGAAACGGAAAUCGGAGUUUAAGCGCCGUUGAUGACUGGUGCCGCGCUGAAAAAUAAGGCGCAUCUCCUGGUGCUCUCGUUGCGCGUUUUCCCCGCAGAGCAUAAUUCCGUGGGCAAGAAGUGACCAGCCGUGUUAAAAUGUUCCGCUAUAUAUAGGGAAACCAGGCACGUUCUUGUCUUUGCUUCGAAGGUGCUCUCCAAAACUUGGCGAUAGGCGACCAGCAGUGAUUGUGGAAAAACUUCCCUAGUUUCAGUGUCACCAGUCAAGAUGUUAAAUUUGCGAAGUAGGAUUCUCUUUAUUCUUUCAUUUAAUGGAUCGUAGGUGAGAACCAAGGGAGUCCUAUCGGACCUUUGAUUAGAGGGGCGGUGAUUGUUCAAGACGUCAGUCUUCCACAACCACCGCUGGUCGCCUAUCGCCGCGACAGUAACCUCCAUGAUAUCUUCGUACGUUCUUCGCACAGCAGACAACUCAGUUCUCAUGCAGGUACAUCUGCAUGCUUACACGCUCGCUGUCGCACCUGCCAGCACGUUUCCAGCGACACCAACGUCUGUGGCCCUCAAUGCUCUUUUGUCAUCAAGAAGGCGUUUUCUUGCCAAACGUCUGGCUUGGUCUAUUGCAUUUUUCUUUCAUGGCGUAUGCAAACUUUGCAACGUUUCCAACGUACUUGUAACUCCACUGUUAAAGGGCCGUUUCUCUGAGGCCCUUUUCUCGAAAUUCUCGGUAAUUAACGGGCCCUGUAAGCUGUGUCCGUUUACAUUAAAGAUCGAGGUUUCAAUAGUUUUGCAUCUAGCAUGAUAAAACUAUCAGUUAGUGAAACAAAAUGGAGAAGUCUGCUAGCCAGAACCCGCCCUCUUAUUCUUUAUAUUUAGAUUUGAAUAUUUGAUUUCGGGCCCAAAAAGUUACCGGGACUUUCGAGAAACGGGCCCGAAACGUUUGGAGAGGAACUUAAACCCCAUGACGGCACGUUUGUUCGUUAUUGUUCAGUUGAACGAUCCCAGUUGUAGCUGCUGGCUACCAAAUUUUAUUCCUUGCUAGUGUAACUUGCCUUUCGGAUUCCAGUCUUUGGCGGGAUUCGGGAUUCCUCGAGCUGAACUUCGGAUUCUAAUUAUUCCGGAAUCUGGAUUACCGCACGUAGAGCGAAAUAAAUUUUAACACACAUACAAAAGUUUUAAUGAAAUGAACGAGGAAGCCAAUAUAUUAAUAAUAAGCGAUGGACUUACGAGAUUUGUUUUAAGAGCAUAGUAUGAUUUUUAAUACCAUGAUGUCUUUUCAGUUUUCAUUUAUUUUUCACUUAUUUAUUCGUUUUUUCAAUAGUUGGAAAGAAUCUUCUUGUUUCUUACUGGGGUCAGAAUAGCGCAGGGGUAGCCUAUCCCGAUAAUCCCGAGGAUGAACUUGACCAGAUCUGCCAAGAAAGACAAUACGAUGUUAUAGUCAUCGCUUUUGUGGUGACAUUCUUUAGCACUGUGAAUAAAGGUAAGGCCAUAGAUGUUGUGUCAUGUAACUAAUCACUAUACGCAUUGUACCAUUACACUGAAGGGAAGAUAUUGACAGAUAAACGGUAUACAAAUCAUCAUCUAGUCCAUAUAGAAAAUACAUUAUGCCUUGAUCUUUAGCAUCUUAGCGGAGAACAAAGUAAAACCAAAAGUGCAGGCACAGCUAGCUCUAUUCCUAGACUGUUCACAGUCCCCUAUUUUUUCGUGAGAACGCUCAGAUAUAGCGCGUCUUACCGUUAAUGACGGCCAUCUUGAUUUUCAAAUGUACCGAGGGGGCGGGUGUCGGGAAUUAUAGCUCCAGGGGGAGGGGGGGCGAGAAAAAAAUGGUUUUGGCUCUCAUGCAAGAUGGCAGCCCGUAACGCAAAGCGCUGGAUCUCGACAAACUUACGGAAAAAUAGUAAGAGAACUGUGAACAGUCUAUUCUAUUCCAAGUAAGCUUGUUUGGGCUUCCUUGGAGAGGAGGGAAGGGUUCUUGGGAGGACCUUCCCUAUAACUCUCAAACGUUUCUAAAAAGGGCAACAAAAUUUACACAGAGCAAUGUGGUCAUCAUUACUUUCAUUAUGUAGAAAGUUAAGAUUGACUCAACGACGCAAUUCGACUGACUUUAUGGUGUCAGUUUUUAAAUUCACGAAACAUUGUUUACCCUUCUUUUCCCUAAAAAUACUAUAAUUAUAUACAGAUUAAAACAGAACAGGAAAUUUCCUGGUCCAUAUUUAGUUCCAGAUAUCGUUUAUUAUGAUACAUUGUACUCAUUAUCUACCUUCUCAUUGGCUAAGAGCCUACUGCUAAUUUUGGAAAUCAGCGCAGCCUACAGAUUAGUCAGUUAUCUACUAGCAGAUAUCUGACUAAUCUGUAGGUUGCUCGCGAAAUGCAUGAUUACCAAUAACUGAUUAUGUCAAUUCAGGUUCCUUGCGACAGUGUGUUUCUCGUUAUUUUCUUCAGAACAAUGUAUAAUGAAACAGAACCAAGGUCUCGGUAAAAGUUAUCAACCUCGGCCUUCUGCUCGGCUGAUAACACUUACCUCGACCUUGAUUAUUCAGUUCCGGUUCAGCCUUGAAUCGGACCGGACGCUUCAGCCAGCGCUCCGAGUUCAUUUGUUGCUAGGCUAGUUAAGAUCGUUUCUUUUUUCUUCGUUGACUAAUGGGUGACAGAGUUCUCUUGUUACUUUUAGCUGUAUUUAGUUUAUUUUCUGUAAACAUGACCCGCCUAGAUUAGCUUAGCUACCCGCGGGCAUGUUAUUGUACUCUUACUUCAAAACACAAUAAAAUAAAAUGUAUGAAUGUAUGUAUGUCCGGGUGUCACAAAAACCUCAUCCAAUAACUGUUUAGAAUAUAGACAUAGACGGUCUAACGUUUCUCAAAAAACCUUUGAAUCCUAACCCUAAACCUUACAGAUUAUACAUGCAUAGAACUUCUCUCUAAACAGAUCUGAUGCCAGAAGUUAACUUCGCAAAUCAUUGCUAUGAGCCCGUCUCAUCUGAUUAUCCCAAGCUUUACGGAUGCCCAGAAAUCGAAAGUGGUAUCAAGGCCUGCCAGAAAGUCGGCACCAAAGUCUUAAUCUCGCUUGGAGGAGCAACUGGUUACAAUGUUCUUGACGACCAGAAGGCAGAUAUCCUGGCCCAAAAUUUGUGGGAUUUGUUUCUUGAGGGAACAGGCCAGGAGGAUAUUAGACCAUUUGGAAGGUAAUAAUAACUCUCCUUAAUUAUGACUAAAACUGUUUUCCAAAGUCCUUAAUAAAUCAAGCAUUUUCACAUGACUUCACGGUGGCCAUAUUGGUGGACGAAACAAUAAAACGGUGCCCAUGUUGAUGUACCAAAAACGGACCAAUUAAGGUUUCUGGCAAACUGCCCACCUACCCCUCCCCUAAGUCAACACUUUAACCUAAGGGAGAGGUAAGUGUUAAUGUUUGCUUGGGGAAGGGAUAAGUGGUAUAGCUGCUGACCACGUGAGUGAAAGCGAUGUACAGCCACGCAGUACUUUAAGAAUCCCAAGCCAAAUUUAGUACUAUGUCUUUACUGAAAAAUCUUAUAACUCUUAUUUUUGCUCUGAGCGCUGUAUACAGAAAGUAGGCCAAAAAAUGCAUUAUAUUGGCCUUUUUAAAACCUUUAUUCCUUGAUCAGUCUAGUAGUAUUACAGGUGAAGAGACACACUUUUAGAAAUACUGUAAUAAAGUGGAUAUUGUAAUAAUUAAUAAAAAUAAUGCUGAUGACGAGGACGAUUAUUUUUGCCAGGAGUACUAUAUUUAUUGAGAAAGAUUUUUUUAAGUCGCUGACACAGGCGGCUCGGAAGAGAAAAACCGAGUACUUUCAACAAGAGUCGAACUUACGACCUUCUGGUGAGUCCAGAUUCUCUAUCACAAAGCUACAAGAAACUCGUGGGAGCAUAGGCCACAAGUGAAACGAGGUUAAUGUGAUAAACGUCCUGUAUACUGCUGGACCGGAAUGUUGACAUGACCCUAAACGCAAUGAUAGAAAUGCAUGUGAUGGAGAGUUUUAACCCUGGUGAAAACAUGCGAAAGAUGUUAGACAUUGACACAAGCGGCUUGGAAGAAAAAAAUCCCAGUACAUCCAAUAGGAGUCGACCCUAUGACUUCUAGUUAUAUGCUUUACCUCUAAGUUACAGGAGACUGAUGGGAACUAAGGUUACUAAGCUAGGUUCAUGACUGUUUCCAUGUGGCCUGGCUUUAUUACCCUCGAGUCUCCUGUAGCUCAGUGCUAGAGCAACUGUAGUAGUAAUGUUUGAACAACCAGGCCAGAAGGUCAUAUGUUCCAUUCCUAAUGGGAGUACUUCCGAGCCACCUGCGUCACUAACUUAAUCAAAAUUUUUCUCAUGUAUUCACUGGGCUUAAAAUCCACCAUCACAUUAUUUUGUAUCAUUAAAACUACUAUUAAAAAUUGUUACGCUCCUACACUGUUCAAGCUAUCGCUCUCUCUAUAUAAUUGUGUAUUCCAUAUGUCUCCUUAAACUGAAAGCGCUAUUCUUGACGGGAUUGACUUGGACAUAGAGGACCACUUGUCAGGCGGUUACGCCCAGCUGGUUAAAAAACUCCGAGAACUGGAGGCAACAGGUACCAAGCCCUACCUGAUGACGGGUGCCCCUCAAUGUCCGUAUCCAGAUCUGUCUUUGGGACCCGGGUCCGGUACGGCGUUAGAAGAACAAGGAGACAAGUUUGAUCACCUGUACGUGCAGUUUUAUAACAACUAUUGUUACCCUGGCGACCCGACAUCGUUCAAUUUGGAUACAUGGCUCCAAUUCGCAGCUGUUACACAAGCGGAAUAUGGAUCGGGCCCGAAGAUAUUUGUAGGACUGCCAGCGGCCACUGGAGGAUCUGGAGACCCAAAGUACUAUAUGACACCUGAGGAAGUCUCCGACUUAUACCAGGUAAAAAAUCAACUGCAUGUUAAAGCAUCUCCUCUAUAUAAAUAACCCAAUUUUAUUAACCAUGAUGCUCCGUUAUUAACACAUUUGAGCAUUUUCAAAAUUCACCUGUUUUCACCUAAUAAAACCUCACAAAUUGUCGACAUUGCAAAGAUGACUAAAGUUAAUAUUUAAGAACGACCCGUAAGUUAUAUCUUAGGAUGAGAAUAGACGCCCAGAAGAAGUCCCACAAUGGGUCGGAGUUAAUGUUUCUUAAAACCGUUAUGGGGAAAGUUCAAAAAAGGGGAUCGAAAUCUUCUUCUUCUGUUGCUUGUCUGCUAUUUGUGAUAGUACAGGAGAGCCGGUCUAUGGCUCUAUGUUUCCAAAUGUGUCAGAAGUGACUAAAAUGGUUUUCUCCAUGCUUAAUAUUCCUUUUUGGUUAAUUGAUUUGGUAUUGCCCUAAAAUCUAUUAUCUGUUCGUAUGUCUUAGGGGAACUUUGAUUCGUCUUCUCGAAAGUUUUAGGUGGCUUUUUCGUCUCAUCCGAAACUGACCCUGUUGAAGGCAAAAAACGAUCAAGUAACGAUAGAUCCGUACGAAAGUUUGAGGACAUGCAGUAGCAGUACUUUCAUUAUUAGAUAAUUCUAGGUGACCUUUUUUUUCUUCUACAUAAAUUUUCAGGAGACCUUUUUUGGACAUUGAUAUGCCUAAUAUGCCUUUCUCGAGCUUUAUAAAUUUAUCGGCAAUGUUUGCCCCUUCGAACAAUUAUUUUUUAGAAAAAGUCGUUGGGUCACCCUGAGAGCCCUAACAAGCUCAAGUAUAACUUUCCAUAGUUACAGUAUUUUCACACUGAUUAAUGACCAAAAUAUGAAAUCCUAAGUGUCCACUGGACAAACAGUUAGCAUAACGAUUGAAAAUGUUAUUUGAAAAUACAGAAUAUACAAACCAUGAAUAAUAGCGAUUAUUUCGGUGGAUUCAUGCUGUGGGAUGCUGCCUGGGAUCAACAAAACACCAUCGCUGGUCAAAUGUACAGUGACUAUAUUGCAGACAUUAUCAGCGGAGAAACACCUACUACCCCUGGAAUAUCUUCAACGGCAUCAGGUGGAACAACUGUUCCAACAACAGCAGCCACAACUCAGACAACCUCAGGUUUCUCAUCUACAGUGCCACCAACCGUAGGACCCGGUAAUUUAGCCUAUAUAUAUAUAUAUAUAUAUAUCCCUGGAUUUUUGAAAACCGGGUUAGCAAAAAUAUCAACUCAUUCUACUACUUGGCAAUUUAAAACAAUAAAUUAAAACUCUUUCAAAGGCCGAUUAAGAGACUUUAUCUAACGCCGGGCAGUAAGUUAAUGGUCCCUAGAAGCAUUCCAACGACUCCAAAUUUAAAAUGACGCCAUUAGAGCCCGUUGAAACUAGACCUAGAUCCAAUUUUCCUGAGUCGAGAGUCGUUUUUCCAAGGUACAAUUAUAGUAAUUCUGUCUACAUCCACUUCUACACAAAUCCCUAACCACAAAAGAAGCAAAAAAAAAAAAAAAACAAAAAAAAAAACAAACACGACAUAAGGAAACAACACAGUUAACUGAAGCUGUUAGACAGGGAAAGUUGAGAAAAUUACAAAAUGUUUGCUAACCCGGUUUACAUAACUCCAGGUAUAUAUUUGAACUGUGGGAUUAUAAGAAAUAGAUACAUCAUUCCUUCUUCAUAUUUCUGGGUAUAUUACUAAUCAAUGUAAUUAAAAGCUCUCAGUUGGCUUAAUAGCCCAAUUGGUUAGAGUGCCCCACCACCGGUUUUGCAGGAGUCAGUCAAAGUUCGAAAUCCGGCAAGCCUGCUAUUUAAAGCAAUUUAACUGUGCGAGUCUUCUCUGAUCUGCAAUUAUUUAUUUAUUCGCAACGCUCUGCCCAUUGAAAUAUACAUGUAUGAAAUGAAUCAUAUUUUGAACUGUGGAAAAGAUUUGAACGUGAACAUGAUCUUCGCAGUGAAAUGAACAACCUAAGCGGUUAAAAAAUGACGACCUGUCGAGCCUGAUUUUUUCAGUUUCUUCUAUCUGCAGUUGAAAAUAUGAUUUAUUUCAUAUAUUUCAGUUCAUAAAUAAUAAUAAUAAUAAUGAUAAUAAUGAUAAUAAUAAUAAUCAUCAUCAUCAUAGCAUGGUAAUGAUAACGAUGACGAUGAUCAUGAUGUUAAUGAUAAUCAUAAUAAUAAUGAUACUUAAAAUGAAAACAAUAAUAAUUUUAAAAAAAUAAACUUUAUUAAACUCUUCUCAAAUUGAAAAUUAAAUACAAAUUUAGAAUAACUAUAGUUAAAAAAGACUUCUUGGUGGUCUGGUGGCUUUCAACAGCGCAAAUGUGAACAACUGUCUAUAAACUCAAAAAUGAAAAUUUCUAUGUACAUCCCAAUAAUAAAGUACCUAUAGCUGUUGAGUCUAGAGAAUUCCUGCUUCCCUGUCCUUAACAGCUAAGUUCCUCCUUCUCAGGGUUCUCGAUCCCCUUAGGCAUAGGAGCGCGUUCCGCAAAAUUGCCAAGCUAAUCUUGAGUAGUAUCUCAGGCAUUCGUCAGCCAUCCCUCCUGUCGUUGUAAAUACCAGUGGGGUGAAUGUGCCUUGCUCUAUUUCUAUGACGCGAGAGUUGUAUUUUCGGUUCUUUUCAUUUUCAUGAAUCCUGUAGAUUUACUUGGGGCUAAGAUCUCUAUACGAGUCUGCAUUGGGAUGACACACCUUUAUAUCGAAUAAUAAUAAUAAUAAUAAUAAUAAUACUACUAAUAAUAAUCUUUUAAAAAAAAUAAUAAUUUUUUUCAACUUUAAAAAUAUGCACGUAAUUUACAGAAAUAUUUGAAGUAAGAAUUAAGCACUGUAUAACAUUAAGAAUUAUAUAAGUCAUAAAAAAUACAAUCACUGUGUCAAUAACGAUUUUCCAAAUACAUUCCUUGCGGCUCAGAUGCGAUCAAUAACUCUUGCAGGCGGUCCAGAGUUUUAAAUUAAGUCCUUACAAAAGAGAAUCAUCCGUCUCUGAUAUUAAAAAGAAAGGAGUUAAAAAAGAAUAAAAUCUCGUAUUCCUAAUUCUUUAAAAAAAUCUUUAAAAAAUUAAAAUAAUAAUAAUAAUAAUAAUAAUAAUAAUAAAUUAAUUAAUUGGGGCAGGCUCUAAUAUUUUCGAUCUGAAGAUCUGAGGUCACAAAGUCUAGCUGUCGUCUUCUGGAUUUUGAGCCUCUCAAGCAUAGUAUCACAGAGCGUACGAUGGCAAAAGAUACUUUAGCUCUUAUCCAGGAAAUUGCGCUUGAGUAACUUUCUCCCUUCUUAUUUGCGAUCAGCUCCCCAAGUCUGCUGUGGUACUUAGCACACUCAUCCGCCAUUCCACCUGUGGUCGUGAAAACUAGGGGAGUGACGUUCCCUGUUCGAUCGCCAUUACUCUUUCAGCAUACUGCCUCUUCUUCUCGUUCUCAUGCUUCUUGUAGAUUUGCUUAGGAGUCAAGUCGCUGUAAGAGUCUACAUUAGGGUUACACACCCGAACGUCGAAGAAGGCAGAUCUCUGUCUCUCCCAAAUGCUUUGAGCAUGAAUAUCCAAAGGGGGCUUUGUUAGCGCCAUGAUUUAAUGUCUCCCCAGUGACCUCCUGAAGGACGGGCUCUAAUUCCACAUCAUUACAGACCAUCCUUAGCAUCUCUGCUUCUAAGUCGCGCCGUUUGUUAUGGCGCUGGAUAAUGAAUCCGCCGCGCUGACACACCAUUGCGUUAUUCAGGCUAAAUUGAACACCUCAUGAGCAGAUCAUGGGCGUGUCCGUUAUUUCCCAGUCGUACCAUAACUUGAUUGCAUCUCUUAAUUCCUUCUUAUUCAGAUUGUAAUCCAGCUCUUUUUAGGGGAAUGACGGUCAGCUAAUUUGAGGAUCCCUUCUCUGUAGCUAACUCAACAGCUCGCUUAGCAUUUGUUGGCAGGGAGUUCUUCACCUGGUCCAGCCUCUCACUUAGACAGUCGUCUUUUUGUUUUCGUGUGCCUAGUUGCAGUGUUCAAAUUUCUGAGGCAUUUGGAGGCUACGCCUCACUAGCGGAUUAGUAACUUUGAUUGAAGCCUCGUAUUCAAAAGAUGAGGUCACUACAAGAUCUGUAAAUUCAAGGCCUCCCCUUGCGCACAGGGAGACCAAGGACGAAUAAUAAUGAUAAUAAUAAGUCGUCUUUUUGUUUUCGUGUGCCUAGUUGCAGUGUUCGAAUUUCUGAGGCAUUUGGAGGCUACGCCUCACUAGCGGAUUAGUAACUUUGAUUGAAGCCUCGUAUUCAGAAGAUGAGGUCACUACAAGAUCUGUAAAUUCAAGGCCUCCCCUUGCGCACAGGGGAACCAAGGACGAAUAAUAAUGAUAAUAAUAAUGGUGAUGAUUAUUGUUUUUAUUAUUAUUAUUAAUUUUAUCUCUUACUCGUUGAGCUAUUGUGGUAAUUUUUUAAAAUGUAGCCAAUACUACCUAACCAUGGCAAACGUCAUCUAUACGUACUGAAUAAUCCAAUCGCAUCUCUUUUCAGAUUUUUGUGAUGAUAAAGAAGAUGGUUUCUACGCAGACCCGACCGAUCCAAGCGGAUACAUCCGCUGUGUUGGUGGGAUUACUUACUUUGCAGAGUGUCCUGACGGUCUCGUUUGGGUUGAGGAGGAAUUAUCUUGUGAUUACCCGCAAUAA